AUGGUAAGAACGGCAUUACAUGGAGGUUUCGUGACAUCCAAACUUGAUGAUUUGGUCUUUGUGGAUGACAUAGCUCUAAUUUCCUCUACCAAACAGCGGAUUCAGGAUAAAACAACAAGGCUGGAAGAAGAAGCCAGACGAGUGGAGCUCAAGGUCAGUGCAGGAAAGCCGAAAGUGAUGAGGAUUAACGCGAGAAACCAAGACAAGAUUGUAGUCAAUGAAAUAGAUAUUGAGGACGUUGAUGAACUUACACACUUGGAAGCGAAAGUGUGUAAGGAAGAAGCUGGUAUGAAAGACCUAAAAAACAGUCAAUCCAAAGCAAUAGGUGAAUUCAUCAGAUUGAAGAACAUGUGGCGUUCCAAUAGCAUCUCAAGGAAAACAAAGUUGAGAUUGUAUAAGACACUGUUGGUGCCGGUAUUGUUAUAUGCAUGCGAGACGUGGAAAAUGAACAAAGGAGAUCACAAAGCUAUAGAUGUAUUCCACAAUAAGUGCCUACGAAAGAUCCUGCGAAUUAAAUGGCAAGAUCAUGUCAGUACUAAGGAGCUGUUGGAAAGAGCGAGUAUGAAACCGCUGAGGGUGGAGGUGAAAUAUCGUAGAGGGAAUAUGAUUGGUCACAUCCUGUGGGAAGAUCGCAAUAAUGAUUGUAACAUUGCAAUAAGCUGGGCCCCAGAGGGGAAAAGGAAAAGAGAAAAGCUCAAGACAACAUGGCGACGAACAGUUGAAAAGGAAUGUAAAGAGGCAGGGUGGAUAUCAUGGGAGGAAACCAAGACGAAUGCAGCAGACAGAGAACAGUGGAAGAACUCUGUAAAGGCCCCAUGUGCCACGAGGCAUGCAGAGGAUAAGCAAAAUUCUUUUUAUCCUUACUGCUUUGGGAAUUGGUUCAUGAUAAAAUUUACAUUUUGCAUUAUCAAGCCGAGGCUUGGUGGUGAUUUUUGCUAG